CACGCACACAUUCUCUCUCUCUCUCUCUCUUCUUCCUACCAUUCUUUCUCUCUUUCUCGCUCUAAUCCUACCCUUCUCUCUCUCUCUCUCUCUCUCUCUCUCUCUCUCUCUCUCUCAUGGUUCUACCUUCUAACGCACGCUUUGAAAGCUUUCCGUAAAGUUUUUCAACUCCCCAACUAUCUCUAUAUAUAUAGAGGAACAAACGCAGUUUCACGCAUCUCACGUUGAGUAAUUUUCUCUUCCACUUUCUCACCGUCCAAACACGUCCAAACCAUGUCCACCGACCUGCACCUCCACCACGAGUUACCCAAGCUCCGAAUCGCCGCCGUCAAAAUAGACGACGUUCCCUCCCCUGACCAUGACAUCUCCUCCGUCGUCACACGAGCCGAGAAUGAGAACGACGGCGCCGUCACGGUCGCCGACGACGAAGAGAGUUACCGUACUCCGACGUCCAAGGAGAGCAAGAUUCCGGCCGUGCUGACGUGUCCUCCGGCGCCGCGAAAGCCGAAGCCCUUCGUGUCGUGCAAGAGGAAGCUUCUAGAUGAAUUUCAGUUCUUCGAGGUGACGAGUAAGGAGGACAUGGAUGCGUUUUUCAGAUCCACUUUUCCUAAGAGGAGCUGCCCUUGUACAUGAAAAUAAUUCCAACCUUAGCUUCCUCGAAAACACUACCUUGGUGUCAAACUACGUAAAUUACACAAUUUUUGUUUUUUUUUUUCUUUUAAUCCUAUUCCACUUCUUUUGUUCAAUUUCUUUCUUCUUCUUCUUCUUCUUUGGUUUUUUUAUAUGUUAUAUAUAUUUCACUUUGUAUAAGAUGUGAAAUAUUGGAUCCCGAAUCGUAUAUGUUCAUUAAUCGAAUCACAUACCUUGAAUUCUCUCCAAUCCCAUUAUAAUUUGAUCGUUUCAAUUUGUU